AUGCUGCCAGCGACGGUGUCGACCAAGUCCACCUCGACCAGUCCCUGGCAUGAGGCUGCUGACAAACCCAAGAGCCGCAUGCGUCUGAAGCCAUUGCAGCUGCUGCGGAAGCCUCGCAAAUGGAAACUGAAGCGCACUCUGGACGAGAUUGUCAAGUGUCUGAUUAUUGCCUCCUCGGAGCAUGUCUACAACUACGAUCUUGCCUUUUUUGCUUUGGUGGCCUGUGUGGCAGCUCAACCAGCUUUGUUCCCUACGAACGUGGCUCCUCUGACCUAUGCCAAUCUGCCAGCUGUGGCUGCAACUGCUCCUCCGUUGGCCAUCUCCAGCAGCCAGCGACUUGAUUACUUUAAUCAGUUCAAUGCUGCUUUUGGACCACAAGCUCCGCCGGCUCGACUAGUUGCAACUCCUUCGGGAUUGGCUGCUUUUCCUGCUCUCUUUGGUUUUCCAGCUGCCAAUCGCUUUGGCCAACCAGCGCGUUUCAUUGCUGCGGCUCCUCCAACAGGUUCCUUCUUCUUCUGA